GUAUCAUAACUUAUCUUAUAUACUUUGAGAUGGAAUUCAAAGGUGCAACAAUGGCGGAUUGAUCUCCAGAUCUUCACGAAUGGAGCUGUAAUUCAAACGAUUAAUCGUAACAGGUCAAUUCUUCCUUCUUUCGAAAGUUACAGAAAUCUUUCAAUUUCUUUGAUUCUCGAACCAUCAACUGGUUUUGUACUUCUUUCAAUUGCUGUUAUCAUGUACUGUAAUUUUACCAAGUGUCAAGCUUUCCCUUUCGCCAUUAGAGCUUCUUCCCAACAACCAAAAUGCUUUUUACCAUUUUACACAAAACCCAAAAAAAUUCCCCAAUUUUUACCUACUUCAAGUAGGGGAAAACCCUUUAGAACUCGUUCGUUUUGGUUUAUCGAGAAAACCCAUGAGUAUUGUUUGUUAUUAGGGCGUGGAGAUAGAGAUGGUUCAGUUAGCUUCGAUUCGCAACAGGUUGGGAAGAAGAAGAUAGAACAGAUAUAUGCUGCAAAAAGAGAAUGUUUUUCAAAUGGGUUUCACUCUAAACCUAGAAAUUUUUCGAUUUCUUAUGCUCGAAAAGUGGCUGAAGGAAUUGGGUCUGGGAAACCCCUUCCUUGGUUAGCUAAAGAUAAAGAUAAGGAAGUGAAAGACCCUGAAAGAUCCGCUGCAACGAGGCGGUCGUCGUGGGAGGAAUCAGCCGAAAAGGUUUCGAGAAAUGGCGUAGAGAAUAGGGAAAAGGAUAGGAGGAAUGUUAGAAGGAAAGAUCAGAAAAAAAGUAGGAAUCUUGAAGAUGAACCAGUCACAGGGAAGGUCAUUCGAUCUUCUUGGCAGGAAUCCGCUGAAAAGUUUGUGAAAAAUGGUGUUGAGAAUAGGGAAAAAGGUAGGAGAUUCGAUGAAAGAAACGAUCAUAGGGAAAAAAGGAGGUCUGAAAACGAUUCUGAUGUAGAAACUCAAGAACUUGAUAAUCCCAGAUGGUAUGAGAUCAGAGAUAGGUUCGAUAGAUACGAUUCAGUGGCUGAUGAACAAAAUGGGAACGAGUUUCGUAAGUUUAAUAGGCAAGAUAAUUGGGGAAAGAAGGUAUGGAAAGAAGCGACUGAAUCUAGCAUACCGAAAAUGGUCGGUGAAUGUGUCUAUGGAGUUGGCCCUGUUCUUGCUGCGCUAACAGCAAAUCGAAGAGAAUUCUAUGUUUUAUACGUCCAAGAAGGGAUCGAUUUGAGUGGAAAUAACAGGAAGAAGAAGGAUAAAAAAGGGUUUGAGAAAGUUUUGAAAGUUGCCGAGAAACUCGGGUUAACGAAAAAAGAAGUAUCAAAACACGAUCUUAACAUGAUUGUUGACAACCGGCCUCAUCAGGGUCUGGUUCUUGAUGCUUCACCGUUAGAAAUGGUGAAUAUUCGUGAAUUAGACCGUGUAGUGACCGAUGAACAAGAAGGGUGCCCUCUUUGGUUGGCGUUAGAUGAGGUUAUGGAUCCUCAAAACUUGGGUGCUAUAAUUCGGUCCUCCUACUUCUUUGGUGCAUCCGGGGUCGUUCUUUGUGCCAAGAACUCUGCACCGCUUAGUGGGGUUGUAAGCAAAGCGAGCGCCGGUUCACUUGAGCUUACCGAGCUUAGAUCUUGCAAGAAUAUGAUGCAGUUCUUGGUUUCUUCAGCCGAAAACGGUUGGAGGGUUCUUGGUGGUUCGGUUUCGUCACGAGCCGUGGCUGUGGAUGAGGUGACCACCAGUGAGCCCACGAUUCUUGUGUUGGGGAGUGAGGGAACGGGGUUGAGACCAUUGGUCGAAAGGUCGUGCACCCAGUUGGUUAAGAUUCGUGGGAAUAUUCCGGUACAUUUGAGUGCUGAAUCGGAAGGGGUGGAGACUGCGGAGGUGGGAUCGUUUGUCGCUGUCGAAAGCUUGAACGUGAGCGUGGCAGCCGGUGUUCUUCUUCAUCAUUUGGUUGGAGUUAAUAGCAGCAAGAUUGCAAAUGAGAUCGAGGGUUGAUUCUUUUUGGUUCGUUUUAUGUUCCAGCUUAAUGAACUUAACGAGACUCACGGUUUAUUCGGUCAACUAUAUACGAUUGUUUGAUUGUGGCU